UGGGAACGAACGACGUGGCCUUGAUGAAAUAUUUUCCGAUGAAGAUGAAGAACCCGUUGACGAUCGACCGUAUGCGCGUCCUAGUCACCGUGCUGCCGCCGACGAAUUCGCCGACUUUAUCAUUGAAGAUGACCCCGAGGACGAGGAUGAGCGUCAACGCCAGAUGGAAGAUAUGGAAGUUGCUCGUCCACGAGAUAAGGGUAUCGCCGGACGCAUCGUCGACCGCGCUGGUCUUGAUAAGGACGCCCUGGAAGAUAUGGAAGCCAUCUUCGGAAACGGAGAAGAUUACCAAUGGGCUUUAGAUGAGGAAGAAGAAGAGGAUGAGCGACAACGAGAGGAGCAAACUCUCGAGCUUAAGGAUGUCUUCGAGCCAUCGCAGUUGGCAGAAAAACUUCUAACUGAUGAAGACAACGCCAUUCGUUUCACAGACGAACCCGAACGAUUCCAACUUGACCGUAAACCUUUCGAACACUUUAGUAUCCAGGGCGAACAGUUGAAGGAAGAGAUGCAAUGGAUCGCGGAUUUAAUGUGGCCGAAGAAACAACUUUCUAGCGACAUGCACGGCCCCUUUCAAAAGUCCGUUGGCAAGGUGCUCGAAUACUUCGUUCUCGAAGGUCUUGAAGUGCCCUAUAUCUUCCAGCACCGUAAGGACUACCUCAUCGAUGCUCGGAAAGUCAGGAAUCCCGAACACCGCAAUGAUCCUGAAGCGCCAGAGUACAUUAUCGAGGCAGAGAAGCUACUCACACAGGAUGACCUCUGGCGGAUCCACGAAUUGGAUAUCAAAUAUAGGUCCUUAUUUGAGAAGCGAAGCGUACUCGAGAAGACUUACGAUAAUCUGAAGGCGGUCGCGCGCGUGACUGAUGAUAUGAUCCCCGAGAUGCUCGGUCGAGCGAUUACGAUGGAGGAGCUUCAAGAUAUGCAGGAUUAUAUCAACUUCCAAUAUUCGGCACAGCUCAAGGAUAUCGCAACGAUUAAUGGAGUCACCAAAGGAAAGAAACGGCCUGGCGCAAAAUCAUCCAUAUUUGAGCGGAUCCGCGGGAGCAACGUUUACAAGUUUGUGAAAGCAUUGGGCAUUUCCCCUGAUCAGCUGGCACAAAACGCUCUUCGCGAAGGCCAGAAAGUGAUGUCGAACGACGAGCCAAGCUUGCCGAUUGAUCUUGCGGAUAGUCUCACUGACAGCGAUUUCCCAACUGGCGACCAGGUCUUGUCUCAGGCGAGACAUAUGUACGCCGAGGAGCUAUUUGUAAGCCCAAGAAUGCGAAAACACUUCAGACAGGCCUUCUACAUGGGAGGUGAAGUUAGCUGUUACCGUACGGAGAAAGGACUUCGGAGAAUAGACGAUUCGCAUCCAUACUACGAGAUCAAAUACCUUAUCAACCAGACGAUUGGCGACCUCGCCCGCCGACCUGAACUUUUCCUAAAGAUGAUGAAGGCCGAGGAAGAAGGCCUUAUUGAGGUCAAGCUUCGACUUCAGAACGAAAAGGACUUUCGACGCCAAUUACAGGGCGAAUUCAUCUCGGAUGACUAUAGCGAGCUUGCAGAUGCGUGGAACGAAGAGCGUAAAAAGGUGCUAGAUCUGGCUUUCACCAAGCUUGAGAGGGUGAUAGCUAAGGGAGUCAAAGAUUCGUUACGAACGGCCUGCCAAGAAGAGCUCCUAAAACUCUGCCGUGAAGAAUACUCCAAGAGGCUUGAUCAAGCACCCUACAAGCCUAAGGGCAUGGUCUUGGGAACAGCACCCCGUGUCCUUGCCUUGUCAAACGGCAUGGGUGAUCCGGCUCGAGACCCAGUAUUUUGGGUAUGGUUUGACGAGGAUGGGCGGUGCGUCGACCACGGAAAAUUUGGAAAUCUUGCUCGUGAUGAGACGCAACGCAAGGCAUUCGUCGACGUGAUCGAGAGAAGAAACCCAGACGUGAUCGGGGUCAGCGGCUUUUCUACAGACACCCAUCGAUUGGUUCGUGACGUGGAGAGCAUCGUCAAUGAAAAGAAUCUUACAGGUCCUGAGUUCCAUACGCAGAACGAGCGCAAUUACACCAGCGAGCUGUUAGAGGUUGUGGUUGUCAACGAUGAAGUCGCAAGACUUUACAAAGACAGUCCUCGAGCACAGGUUGACCACCCGACAUUGAAUUCUAACACACGGUACUGUGUUGCUUUAGCGAGAUAUCUCCAAAAUCCGAUGAAAGAGUACGCAGCUCUCGGAAAAGACAUCACCUCUUUACUAUUUAAUCCUUGCCAACACCUUCUCCCACAGGAGAAAUUACUAAAACAUCUAGAGACAUCGAUGGUAGACAUGGUGAAUCUCUGCGGUGUCGACAUUAACGAAGCUGUCAAUGACGCGUACACAGCCAAUCUACUCCCUUACAUUGCUGGUUUAGGUCCUCGUAAGGCUACCAGCGUUAUCAAGGCCAUCAACAGCAAUGGUGGAGUGGUUACUUCGAGAGACGAACUUGUCGGCGAUCCGGAUAACAACAAGUUGCCAGUUGUCGGCCCUCGAGUAUGGAAUAAUUGCGCUAGUUUCCUUUACAUUGAAUACGAUGCCACAAAUCCCACAUCGGAGCCACUAGACAACACGCGUGUGCACCCUGAGGAUUAUGAGCUUGGUCGUAAAAUGGCAGGAGACGCCCUAGAGCUGGACGAAGAAGAUGUUAAAGCCGAGAUUGACGAAAAUGGCGCCGGUGCCGUGGUCCGUAAGCUCUUUAAAGAUGAUGAGCAGGAGAAAGUCAACGAGCUUAUCUUGGAAGAAUAUGCUGAGCAGCUGGAGUCGAGAUAUAAUCAAAGAAAGCGCGCCACUCUGGAGACGAUUAGAGCGGAGCUGCAAGUACCAUACGAAGAGCUUCGUCAUCCUUAUUCUACCUUGAAUUCCGACCAGAUAUUCACAAUGUUCACGGGCGAGACUAAGGACUCUCUUACGGAAGGUAUGAUUAUCUCGGUUAACCUGCGACUCGUCAAAGAUGACUUUGCCAUCGCCAAGCUUGAUUGUGGCAUCGAGGGCCGGAUCGAGGCCCAUGAGGUUAGCCACAGAAGCAACAUGUCUAUCAGGGAUGUUAUCCAUGUCAACCAGACUGUUCAAGCCAAGAUCAUGGAUCUCAACCGCAAAGAAUUCUUGGCAAAGCUUACUUUGCGUGAGGAUGCGUUGCGGCGACCUUUUAAAAAGCACAAUGAUCACGACCGUGGGACUUGGGAUUUCAGACUUGAAGAUGACGAUAAAGAAGCCUUGCGCGAGAAGGACAAGAUUACUGGUCGCACCCAACGAGUCAUCAAGCACCCGUUGUUUAAGCCGUUCAACUCUACGCAGGCCGAGGAAUUCCUAGGUUCCCAAUCUUCUGGCGAUGUCGUUAUUCGACCAUCCUCAAAAGGAAAUGACCAUCUCACUGUAACAUGGAAGGUCGCAGAUGGUGUCUAUCAACACAUCGACGUUCUUGAACUUCAGAAAGAGACCGAGUUCUCUGUUGGGAAAACGCUUCGUAUCGGUGGCAAAUAUACGUACACAGAUUUGGAUGAACUCAUUGUGGAACACGUCAAGGCAAUGGCUAAGAAGGUUGACGAGAUGAUGGGUCACGAAAAGUUCAAGAAAGGCAGCGUGGCUGACUCCGAAAAAUGGUUAGCUUCAUACUCAGACGCCAACCCUAAUCGUUCGAUCUACUUGUGUUGCAUCAACCCUAAACGCGCUGGGUAUUUCUACCUUUGCUUCAAGGCUAGCAAGUCCUCACCCAUCAACAUGUGGGAUGUGAAAGUGGUGCCCCAUGCCUUCGAGAUGAAGAGUAACCAGUACCCAAACAUGACCGCUUUGUGCAACGGCUUCAAGCUCAGAUUCAACAGUGAGAUCAGCAAGAUGCAGCAGAUGAGAAGAUAAGCGGGUAGCCGAGACACAAAAGCAUUGCUUUCGAGCCGCGUGUAUUAUCAAGGGCGUUCUAGUUGGCGGGCUAGGCUGCGUUGAGUUGCGUUGAGUUACGAAAAAUCUGAUGAUUGCAUUCGGCCUCGGAUAGGUAUGUGGUCGAAUUAAGAGGUAAAGUGCGAAGGCCUACUACUUGCAACUCCCAAGGUCCUCCUACUUUAUAGACCAGAAAAUGAAAUAAAUCGAGGUUUUUAUUGCAAUAUGUCGAUGCUGUUUCGGUGAACUGAUUGA